AUGGAUUCCGAUCCAGGGAGUAAGUUGACAACUACAAAAAACGAACAGCCAAGCAGAAGACGAUUGUUCAACGUGAGCAAAAAGUUAGCGAAAGACGAAAACCUGAAGCAAGAGUAUGAGAAGAUUAUCGAUGAUCAACUAGCAAGCGGUGUGAUUGAGAAAGUCCCAGACGAGCCGUCAGGAGAGCGAGUAUACUACAUGCCACAUAAGCCAGUCGUAAGGCAAGACGCAUCGACAACGAAAGUGAGAAUGGUCUUUGAUGCGAGCUUCAAACCCCAUCCACUGGCAUCCAGUAUUAAUAAUUGUAUGUUUGCUUCUUGCAGACAAAUCUGCUUCUUGCAGACAUUCAAAAAGCUUUUUUACAGAUAGCAAUCAAAGAAGAAGACAGGGAUGCCUUCAGAUUUCUCUUCGAGCGCGACGAAAAAGAGGAACAUUUCCGAUUCGCCAGGGUUCCAUUCGGGGUUGAAGCCAGCCCAUUCUUACUCGGUGCUACAUUAGAAUACCACUACGACCAGCAAUCACCAGAAUUAGAGGAAACAAUGACUGCCCUUAGAGAAAAUACGUAUGUGGACAAUAUCAUGCAAACGGGAAAUAACAUUGAUAAGUUGGAGAAGUUUAAGAAAGAAAGUGAGUGAAGUUGUUCUUGAGAGUGCAAAAUUACCGAUUCACAAGUGGGAGUCACGAACAUCGCGGGAUUAGAGGAUGAGAACAUGCCAAAUCCUAGCAAAAUUCUUGGUCAUGUUUGGGACAAGCGUGAAGAUACUCUAGAAAUACAACCACCAGCAGUACCAGAGACUGAACCAGUUACGAAACGAAGCAUCUUGAGUCAGCUUGGCAAAGUGUACGACCCAUUGGGAAUAAUAUCACCCACGAUGGCCGAAGGAAAACACAUUUACAGAGAGGCUUGUGAAGAGAAAAAGGGAUGGAAUGCCGAGGUUUCGCCAGAAUUGAAGAAACAGUGGCACAAAAUUGGAAGAAACAACUAA